GGUCUGUGUGCACGACAAGAAUCAAGACAGGAGUGGGCUACCCACAACUCAGUGCUGUAAUAGAGUGUGCAGACUCAGCCCAUGGACUCAAAGGACACAUUAUCUCUGACGGUGGCUGCAGUUGCCCAGGUGAUGUAGCAAAGGCCUUUGGUGCAGGGGCGGACUUUGUGAUGAUGGGAGGAAUGCUUGCAGGGCACGACCAGUGCACCGGGGAGGUCAUCGAGAAGAACGGCAAGAAAUACAAACUCUUCUACGGCAUGAGCUCGGACACAGCCAUGAAGAAAUAUGUGGGUGGAGUUGCUGAAUACAGGUGAGCG